AUGCAGACUGCUUCUACAAACAUUUGUGAAAGACUGUGCAAAAAGCCCACCUGUGAAAUUUCCUAGCUACUAAAUAUUCCACGGUCAACUGUUAGUGGGAUUAUAACAAAGUGGAAGCAACUGGGAACAACAGCAACUCAGCCACAAAGUGUAAAAUGAUAGAGUGGGGUCAGCGCAUGCUGAAGCGUACAGUAUGUAGAAGUCGCCAACUGUCUUCAGAGUCAAUAGCUAAACAACACCAACGUGUGGUCUUCCGAUUAGCACAACAGUGUGUAGUGAUCUUCAUGAAAUGGGCUUCCAUGGCCGAGCAGCUGCAUCCA